AUGAGAACGAGCCACGGAGCACUACUCGCCGUUGCCAUGGUGGUGAUGGCGAUGCUGUCAACAGGGAUCUGCACCGAGUUCCCGCCGGAGUACGCGUGCUCGAAGAUCCUGUACUCCAGCGGCUGCGACGAUAGGUGCCCAGACGAAUGCUUCAGCCAGCUAAAGGGCGACGGGCUAUGCAUCGGCGAGGCGUGCCAGUGCUCCUACCUCUGCAGGCCGCCACCUAGUGACAUCUGA